AUGCUGGCCAAAUGUCUGGGGAAGGUUGGCACUGUCGCUCAAAUGGGUUCUCGUGGUUUGUCCACAGAUGUGCGGCGUGUUGUGCUCAUCCCAGGUGAUGGGAUUGGGCCAGAAAUUUCGAAAUCUGUUCAAGAAAUUUUUGAGGCAGCUAAAACUCCUAUUGAAUGGGAUCCUGUGGACGUGACGCCAGUGAAAGGAAGAGAUGGAGUUUUUCGGAUUCCCUCGCGAUGUAUCGAGUUGAUGCACAGGAAUAAGGUUGGUCUCAAAGGGCCCUUGGAAACUCCCAUCGGCAAGGGACAUCGGUCUCUCAAUCUUGCAGUACGAAAGUGA